AUGCGUGGAUCAUGCGCCGCUAGUUCUGCACUAAAGCGUUUAGAAAGACCAUUGGCUUUUCCUUGCAAUGGUCAACGGCGCUUCUUGCAUGCCAUUUCGGAGGGACACACUGUUGGCAUCAUAGGCGGUGGAAUCACUGGCCUCACAGCCGCAUACCGAUUAUCCAGGGACCCAAAAUGCUCCAAGGUUACCGUCUAUGAGAAAGGCCCUCGCGUGGGCGGCUGGAUUCAAUCCGAGAAAAUUAACGUGGACGGAGAGCAUAUUGUCUUCGAAUAUGGACCGCGUACACUGCGAGCUAGCACCAUUACUGCAUUUCCACUUUUGGACUUGUUGACCGAGCUGGGGCUAGAAGACGAAAUGCUUAUCACGAAAACGUCAUCCGCCGCGAGCCAGAACCGCUAUAUCUAUUACCCCGAUCGCCUCGUUCGUAUGCCGGGGCCGCAGAAAGGGGCCAGUCGAAUAUCUCAGCUCAUAACGACGUUGAAAAGUCUACUACAAGAACCAGUCUUCGAGAGUGUGCUUCCUAGCCUUUUGAAGGAGCCCUUCGUUAAGCGUCCAUUGAACUUGCCUUCAGACGAAUCCGUCAUGGAGUUUGUAUCACGACGGUGGUCUACCAAAAUAGCUGACAAUUUGGCUUCCAGUGUAUUUCAAGGCAUAUAUGCAGGGAAUAUUGACAAGCUGAGUGCGGAAACGCUCCUGGGCCCGCUUCGGGCGCAUGAGUUGUCUGGUAGUGUAGCCAAGGGUAUAACGGAGAUGAAAGGGAAACAGUACUGGAUUUCGGACGAUUUCAUUUCCAUGCUCCUCAUAAGUGAAGCAAAGAAAGCGUCUCACUUAGACUACCUCAGAAGCCUGGCAAAGGACAGCAGUACAUUGACUUUCAAGAACGGCGUCGGUCAGCUGGCAGACGCUCUGGUUGCAGAGUUGAAACGAUCACCAAAAGUUGAAGUCCUCACGCAUGCAAAUGUCACAAGCAUUCUCCAAGAUCAUGAGAGCUCCAACCUCACUGUAAAAGUAGAAGAUGGUCAGAGUCGUGUUCACAACCGUCUCAUUGCUACCAACCCGCCUUGCGACCUCGCAAGACAACUUCAGUGUUCACUGGAGCCCGAGAAGCAGCCCACAGGAACAAUAAAUGCCCUACAGAGACACAACUACGCAACAACUACUAUGGUUGUGAAUUUGUAUUACUCAAAUCCUGAUCUGAUCCCUGUUCGAGGUUUCGGCUACCUGAUUCCCAGGUCGAUACCUUUUGCGCAGAAUCCUGAGCGAGCACUGGGUGUGAUAUUUGCUUCAGAAUCUAGUGUAGGUCAAGACACAGCCACCGGCACAAAGCUCACAGUCAUGAUGGGGGGCCAUUAUUGGGACGGGUGGAAAGAAUCAGACUAUCCGGACCACGAUACUGCGGUCUCGAUGUCUCAAGCCUUACUGAAAAGGCAUCUGGGCAUCCUGGAUUCUCCCAAAGUAGCCCACACCCGAUUGCAGCGCGAUGCUAUUCCUCAGCCCACCGUUGGGCAUCUUGAACGUAUGCAAGACAUUUCAACGUCUAUUAAGUCUGAGCUCAAAAACCGUGUCACUCUGGCUGGGGCGUGGUAUUCAAUGCAUGGUACCGGCGUGGUGGACAGCAUUCGUCAGGCUUAUCUAGCUGCGAAAUAUGGCCCUGAGCUGGAAUACUCAGGAGCACCGUUCCCUUUUCCAUCCCUGACGGAUUCACUUGGUGGUGGUGGUAUAAUUACCCACUACCAACCUCGCUGGAUAACGGCGUCAUCUGAGGAAUUGUUCAGGAAAUGUGGGAUAGAAAAGAAUCCCAAUUAGAGUAAUGCAGGCUCUGGUAGAGCAGGCCUGAAGGCAUCAAUGCUAGUCCGGAUGGACCCAAGGCCGGUUACACGAGGGGUUACUGUUGGCAUUUAGGGAAAGAUUCGGCAGUAGAAGAUGGUUUAAUUU